AAAAACAAUCUUCCCUCUUUUUCCGCAAUCAAUACAUUUAACUUUAUCUUUCUGACAUCAUUCUUAGCUUGCCUUUUUCUUUCAGAUUCAUUUCUGAAGCAAUCUCAAGACUAUAUAUGGCUAAACGAACCAGAUCAAGCUCCUGCAACAUCAGCUACAGUUGUCAUACAGAUGAGCCUUCUCCCCUGUAUGGUGGGAUCCAGCCCUGAAUCAUCUUAUAGGCUCGUGAUCCAAUGGUGGAAAAGCCACGGUAGGCCAGCCCGCUCGUGUUCAGAGAAGGCUAGUAGGCUACAGAAGAGAAGAGAGCAAAGCGAGGAGAACUGUCUUUAUAAUCUCAACACUUUCCUCUCAAACCAGAAUAGAAAAUAAUUCAGAAAAGAUAGAAGAAGGUGAAACGAAGAAGAAAUGGCCGCCGAGAAGCUUGAGACCGUUAUCGCUGGAAACUAUGUCGAGAUGGAGAUAGAGACAGAGGAGCAAUAUACCAAGAACUCAAAGAACAAGCUUUCUAAGUAUCUAUGGCAUGGUGGCUCUGUUUAUGAUGCAUGGUUCAGCUGUGCUUCUAAUCAGGUGGCUCAAGUGCUUCUUACAUUGCCAUAUUCAUUCUCUCAAUUGGGGAUGGCUUCAGGAAUCAUUUUUCAGCUGUUCUAUGGGUUGAUGGGAAGUUGGACUGCUUAUCUUAUUAGUGUGCUGUAUGUGGAGUACAGGACUAGGAAGGAGAGGGAGAAGGUGGACUUCAGGAAUCAUGUUAUUCAGUGGUUUGAGGUCCUUGAUGGGCUACUUGGGAAACACUGGAGAAACAUUGGCCUCUUCUUCAACUGCACUUUCCUCCUGUUUGGCUCAGUGAUUCAGCUAAUUGCAUGUGCUAGCAAUAUUUAUUAUAUAAAUGAUAAUCUCGACAAGAGAACAUGGACAUACAUAUUUGGUGCCUGCUGUGCUACAACUGUAUUCAUCCCAUCUUUCCACAACUACAGGAUAUGGUCUUUCCUUGGCCUUCUUAUGACCACUUACACUGCAUGGUAUCUCACUAUUGCUUCCUUAACCCAUGGACAGGUGAAAGAUGUGAAACAUUCAGGCCCAACAAAGAUGGUUCUAUACUUCACAGGAGCUACAAAUAUUUUAUACACAUUUGGUGGCCACGCAGUUACUGUGGAGAUAAUGCAUUCAAUGUGGAAACCACAAAAGUUUAAGCUCAUAUACUUAAUGGCAACUCUCUAUGUACUUACUCUAACGCUCCCAUCGGCCUCUGCUGUCUACUGGGCCUUUGGUGACUUCCUUCUUGAUCAUGCCAAUGCCUUCUCUUUGCUCCCCAGAACAAGAUUUCGGGACAGCGCCAUUAUUCUCAUGCUCAUUCACCAGUUCAUAACCUUUGGAUUUGCAUGCACUCCAUUAUAUUUUGUGUGGGAGAAGCUUAUAGGAAUGCACGAGACAAAGAGCUUGAUGAAGAGAGCGCUGGCGAGGCUGAUUGUGGUGAUCCCAAUCUGGUUCUUAGCUAUCAUUUUUCCCUUCUUCGGUCCCAUCAACUCUACUGUUGGAUCCUUGCUUGUUAGCUUUACUGUUUACAUAAUUCCUGCACUUGCUCACAUUAUAACCUUUGCACCGGCUGCAGCAAGAGAGAAUGCAGUGGAGAGGCCCCCAUCUUUCAUGGGAGGGUGGGCAGGGAUUUACUCUAUGAAUUGCUUUGUGGUGAUGUGGGUGUUGGUCGUUGGGUUUGGAUUUGGUGGGUGGGCAAGCAUGCUUAAUUUUAUACAGCAAGUCGACUCUUUUGGCCUCUUCACUAAGUGUUAUCAGUGCCCACACAAAGCUUAAUUUGGCCUAUUUAUUUCUUUUGACUACAUAGUCUACAUAUGGAAGUGUGCAGUGUGAAGGAUAUUGUGUUUCUAUGGUGAAUCUAUCCUUUGAUUUUUCAGAAGUUUGUUUUCAUGGAAGAGAUUUGCUUUUAUGCCUAUUGAAAUUAGUGUAACAUACUAAUUUUUUUAGAAA